AUCCAUUCAGCGGGCCAUCUUUCAAAUUCCACAUCUGAUCGAAAGAGUUCACCAUCGUCAGCGUCUCGAUGCGGUUCAGGUCUUACCGGUUCACCGCGAGAUCUCUCACCACCAUUACUUCAAGAGUUGGCUUGUAUGAAUCUUCGCGAGCUGGCCUCUCGUCCAGACGUCGGUCACGCAGGUCGUCCCAUCCCGAUUCGUUCGAAUUUCUUCGAAGUCAGUAUUGCCAAUCGUGGUAUGAUGGUCAUCCAAUACCAUGUCGAUAUCCAUCAUCCUGGAUCUAGACGCCUUGAUAGAGAUGAAAAUCGUGCCGUAUUUUGGAAGGUUGUAAUGGAGCACAAACAGAUAUUCCCGAAUAAAUUUGCUGUAGCCUAUGAUGGAGCACAUCAAAUGUACACACCGACCACAAUUGAUUUACCAGAUGGACGACAGUCGAUAAGACUCGAGAGCGACGUAUCGCUGGUGAAGGAUUCUCGUGAGCAUACGCACUGUGCGGUCACAUUACAAUGCGUCGGUCCGGUACUCAUUGAUUUGCGUCGUACGAGAACGAAUAAUUUAGAUGAACGCAUUCUGACGCCGAUUCAGAUUAUCGAUAUUCUCUUCAGGCAGUCUCUUACAUGUCCGUUCGUUGAGUAA